CUAUCAGCUGGCAAUGGCAUCUCUCCUCGGACUCACAAUCACAUGACUUGACUAGAUUCACAUUUUUCCUCGUGCUUCUUACACCAUUGCUUCCCCGGACUCCUCACACCACCUGGCUCCUUUAUUAAACAUCUAACUACCUGUUCACACCGUCACCUGGCCGCGGCAAGUCACCUGGAGCAGUUAAAUAAGCUCAGUCAACCCAACCGCUCCUUCAACAGGUGAUCAGAGAGGAAACGUGACAUAUACCAGAAAGAGCAAGGGUGAAAUACCAGUGAGGAAAUACCAGCAAGAUGUCUGCGAAACCACCCCCUUACACACAGCUGCCACACCCACCUCCACCCCCACCCAUGGGUCCUCCGCCCCCAUACCAGCAUCCUGCACCACCAACGGCCCCUAUAGGGUUCACCACGGCCACAGUGUACCCCUCCAACACCGGCAGCACUACCAUCAUCACCUCUCAGCAACCCUCCUAUGGCACCGUCCCCGUGGUGGUGAACCGCGCAGCUGAUGUGAUUGUGGUGGGCGGGUGUCCGGCCUGCAGGGUGGGCGUGCUCAGCGAGGACUUCACUCUGGCUGGCCUCUGCUGUGCCUUCUGGUUCUUCCCCAUUGGUAUCCUCUGCUGCCUGGCCAUGAGAGAGCGGCGCUGUAGCAACUGUGGGGCCUGUUUCACCUAGGCUUGUGUCCCCACCCCCUGUCCUCCUCCUUCCAUCCCAGGCUUGUGUCAAGGUGAUAUAUGGUCUGGUUGUGGGCCCUCCUCCACCCCUCUUAUGCCCCAGGUUAUGUGUCGAUUACAGGGCCUGUUUCACCUAGGCUUGUGUCCCUACCCCCUGUCCUCCUCCUUCCAUCUCAGGCUUGUGUCAAGGUGAUAUAUGGUCUGGUUGUGGGCCAUUCCUCCAUCCCUCUUGUGCUCCUGAUUAUAUGUUGAUUGCAGGGCCUCCAUAUAAAGUAAAGAAGCAGGGAUGAUCAAAAUAUAUUAAAAGAGAAUAUAUAUGUGAAGUGCAUAACCCAAGCUGGUAAUAAUGAUUCUCCUUUGUGUUUUUUAAAGAUGAUUUCGAUAUAUAAUUAGGUUUGUAGUACUUUGGUGAAUACACACACACACACACACACACACACACACACACACACACACACACACACACACACAUUUAUAAAUACACAUACACAUCGUUUUUGCACAAUGUUUUAUAGGUGAGGUUGCACUUAUGUUUCCUCCUUGCUUUUUCAGACACUGCUUUUUGGUCAUAGUAUUAUUAUUCCUUUAGUUAUUGGGUUGAACAGGUGCUUGGCUCAACUCUAGUGGCGCACAGCUUGGGGACUUAUUAGCAGUAUAAGUGGUAUAGUUUGCAAUGCACUGAAAGGUAUAUAUGAUUUCCUUAUUACCAGCGUCACGUAAUCUUGAGAGAGGUAAUACUGGACCACAUAAGGCACCAGUGUAUGUAAGGUUGUGGUGCUCUCAGAAAGGGAUUAGAACCAUUGCCUAAGUCUUGCCAUCCCUCUGUAUAGGCAUGUUUUCUGUAUAGGCAUGGUUAGUGACUUGGUAUACUUGCAUCGCUUAACCCUGAGAGAAGUACGAAGGGUUAGGCCAUGUAUUGCACCACUGUCUGUAAGGUCUUGGUGUUCUCGGAAAGGGAUUAGAACCAUUGCUUAAGUCUUGCCAUCCUUCUGUAUAGGUAUGGUUAGUGACUUGGUAUACUAACAUCACUUAACCCUGAGAGAAGUAUGAAGGGUUAGACCACGUAUUGCACCACUGCUUAUAAGGGGUUUUGGUGUGCUCGGAAAGGGAUUAGAAUGACUCUUUAAGAUUUGGGUAUGCUCAGAAAUGGAUAUGGAAGCUUGGUUUAAUGAGUGGGAUCAGAAAGGGAUUAGACUCAUUGCUUAAGUCUUGCCGUCCUUCUGUAUAAGGUUAGAGGGUUUGGUAUGCUCGGAAAGGGAUUAGAAUGACUCUUUAGAUCUAGGUAUGCCCAUAAAGGGAUUUGAACGCUUGUAAUGAGUGGGAUUAGAAUGAGUAAGAUCUUGGUGGGCUCAGAAGGGAUUAGAUUACGUUUGUUCAGAAAGGGAUCAGAAAGCUUCGGUAAUGCUCUCCUUUCAUACAAGAACCUCUUUACAUACAUCAACCACCACCACCACCAAUGCCUUACACUGACAACAGAAAUGCAUAUCAAACUAUUUGCCAGGGAGGAUUGGUGUUAUUAUAUUUUGUAAUGUCGUAGUUAAGGUUAUUUGUUGUGAUAUUCUCUGGGCAUGUUGUACUCUUUAUCUUGUGCAUACUACAGUGUAUAUAUCAGUGUCUUAAUGUGGAGAAAUUAGCAGGAAAGUAUAUCAGAGUGUAGAUGCUAUAUGGUCUAGAUUAUAUGAGAAGGUAUAACUAGUGUGUAAGAGUAUGUACGAGGUAAUGCAACGUCCAGACACAUUCCUAUAUGCUUAGUUGAGAAUUGGUCUAUGUCAAAGGUAUUAAUUCUUUAAGAGCACAGUGCUAUGGGUAAAGGAUCAUUGGUUUCUCAGUUGUGUGUGUGAGGCACAUUCAUAGUUUCCUGUCAGUUUAGAAAUGUUAAAGAGAGAGGAGAGACUUUAUAAUAAUUUUUGCAUCUUACUUCUUGCUCCGAUACACGUCUCUUGACUUAACCCGUCUGCUGCGAUAGGCACGGAUUUCGCCUUCACUGGUAGCCUGGUAUCAUGCGUGUGCUCCCAGGUCUUUCUCUGCCUCUGUGGUGGAUAGUGGAGUGUUUCCCAUGUGGUAUUGGUAUGCUGGAUAUCCCCUCCCAAGGUGCAGGACUUUACAUUUUUCUUCAUUGAAUUGUAGCAGCCACUUUUUGUUCCAUUCCUGUAUCUUGGUGAUGUCUUCUUGUAGGAAAUCCACAGUCAAGGGGUUCUUAAGGCAGAAUAGUAUAUAUAUUGUUUAAGGCAGAAGUGUUUAUAUAUUAAUAUGUUUAUAUUCACUUUCAUUACAUAAGGAUUGGCAUUACAUAUAUAUUUAGCAGUAUCAGGAUCGAUGAAAUAUAUUUAAAGGAUGUUUGCAUUUAAUUCGUGCAGAAAAAAGUGAUGAUAAGCUUCCAAGGCUCUUGUGUCCUAAGUUGCAAGACAUGAUUAAAGUAAGUUUUAUCGGCAGCACCAGCUUGAUUUUCUAUUAGUUUUAUACUCAGAGCUUAUUAGCAGCAGUUGUUAAUAAUUUUGUCUUGAUUAAACAUCAUAUUUUUCACAGUAUUUUAUUUUGCAGUAUUAAAAUGAGUGUUUGAUGUGCCUUAGCUAGUAAAAUGUCACACCACACGCACACAUGAUCACUAACACCUUAUUUUCAAAGCGUAUCGGCAGCAGAUAUUGAUAAUUUUGUCUUGAUUAAACAACCUAUUCUUCACAGUAUACAGUCGUACCUCAAAUAGUACGGUUUCCAAUAGUUCGGUUUCGGCUUUAUACGGAUUGUCAUAGAAGAACUUUUUUGGAUUUUUAAAUUUCCUGCUUGUCGGGAAAUUUAAAAAUCCUAAAAAAAUCUUCUCUGAAAAUCCACAUAAAACCAAAACUGAACUAUUGCAAACCGUAUUAUUUGAGGGACAACUGUAUUAUUUUUCUGGCAGUAUUAGAAUCUGUGAUGUGCCGUGCCUGAAAUGUAACAUGUCACACCACAUACAUGAUCACUAACACAAAGCUUAUUGGCAGCCAUUAUUGAUUUUUGUCACGAUUAAACAUUCUAUUCUUCACAGUAUUUAAUUUUUCUAGCAUUAUUAGAAUUGGCAUGGCAUGUUGGGUCAGGCACAUGUCCCACCACAUACAUGAUCACUAAUGCCUUAUGUUAAUUUCUUAUUGGCAGGAGUUACUGAUUUUUGUUGCGAUUAAACAUCAUAUUCUUCACAGUACUUUAUUUAGCAGUAUUAGAAUGGGUGUGGCAUGUUAGGUCAGGCACAUGUCAUACUAUACACAUGAUAACUAAUGCCAUGUUGUGCUAAUUCUAACAUGGGGAGCAUAGCAGACUCCCUAUUCAACCCGACAUACGUACCAAAGAAGUCAGCAUUAUUAAAUGGAACUUGUGCUAAGUGGUCUGUCUCUCUGUAGUGGGCAAGAGGAUUGGUUUAUGUGCUACCAGGUCUGCUGCGAUUGGCAUGGAUUUCGCCUUCUCUGGUAGCCUGGUAACAUGUACUCCCAGGUCUUUCUCUGCCUCUGUGGUGGAUAGUGGAGUGUUUCCCAUGUGGUAUUGCUAUGCUGGAUAUCCCCUCCCAAGGUGCAGGACUUUACAUUUUUCUUCAUUGAAUUGUAGCAGCCUCUUUUUGUUCCACUCCUGUAGCUUGGUGAUGUCUUCUUGUAGGAAAUCCGCAGUCAAGGGGUUAAGCUAUACUGUGGAAUGUUUCCUUUGUGAUGAGCUAAAUUUGGUUUCUUGUAGUUAUACUUAUGAUAUUUUCCAUUUGAUUGUGAUGCACUGAUUCCUCCUGUGUUAGUUAGAAGAAGCAGGAAGCAGCUGAAGCCUUGAGUAAGGAUGUGAUGAAACUAAGGAUUCUUUUGUUUAUGAUUUUAAGUUUUGUGGUUUUGUGGACUUUGAUUCGACACACUGGUCACGUAAAUUCUUCUUUCAACAGCAGCAGAAGUAGUAGAGAUGUCAUGUGGUUUUAUAUUUGAUUCAACACACUGAUAACUUUAAUUCUUCUCUUCCAGUCGCAACAUAAGAAGUAGGGUUGAGUUUUGUGGUUCUUUAGAUUUGACACAUUGACGACUUGAAUUUUUCUCCUCUAACAGACACCAGAAAACAUUGAAUAGAAAGACAGGAAUAAGGAAAAAAGAACCACCUAUACUAUACUAUAAGCUUCUACUCUAGGAAGGAAGGAAGGAGGGAAAGGGUACAGGAAUAUGUUAGAAGCUAAGCUCAGAUAUUUCAAAGGAUGGUUCUGUAGAUUUUGAUAACACACACACUGAUUGAUUUCUCCUCUUCCAACAGAUGCCAGAAAACAUUGAAUAGAAAGACAAGAAUAGGGAAGAAGAACCACCUAUACUAUAAGCUUACUCUAGGAAGGAAGGAAGGAAAGGGUGCAGGAAUAUGUUAGAAGCUCAGAUAUUUCCAAGGUUAGUAUAGUAGCUUGAACAUUGAUUUUUUUACACAGAUUUUCGUUUUGGUUAACGAGUGUUUUGGUGUGCGAGCAAAAUUCUCGAACGAAUUAAACACGUAAAUCGAGGCUUGACUGUAUAUCUAUUUUACCGUCAAAUGUUGAAGUUUUAUAUAGCUUAUGAAUACUAUAUGGACGGUGAGGUUAAUAUAUAUCAUAAACGAAGCAUAUAUAUAUAUCGAAAGUAUAUUUUAUGGAGGUCUAUUGCAUGUUGAACUGUUGAUAAAGCUAUGUGAUAUAUAGAUUAUAGUAGUACCAGUGUUAUGUGAUUGAUUCCCCAGUACAGUGUGUGGAGACUAGAGGAAUUCUGAAUGGGUGGUAACAUCAGUCAUCUCAGUCUUUUCAAUAAUACCAAUACUAGUUUCUUUGCAAAGGGGAAGGCUCUGUAGCACCAUAUGAUUCCCUAGUACAGUGUGUGGAGACUAGAGGAAUUCUGAAUGGGUGGCAACAUCAGUCCAUCAGGCAUCUCGGUCAUUUCGAUAAUACCAAUACUAGUUUCUUUGCAAAGGGGAAGGCUCUGUAGCACCAUAUGAUUCCCUAGUACAGUGUGUGGAGACUAGAGGAAUUCUGAAUGGUUGGUAACAUCAGUCCAUCAGGCAUCUCGGUCAUUUCGAUAAUACCAAUACUAGUUUCUUUGCAAAGGGAAAGAAACGAAGUGCUAUCUAUGAAAUGUUCCCAAUAAACUGUUGAUGAAUUUA